UCUGCUUUCGCUUGCUGUGCUGUUGCUGUGCUUGCUGUGUUCUCAAUAAUUAUUAUUGAUUGUUUUUAUUUUUUAUUUACAAACAAUUUCAUAUUUAAAUAUAAAUAACUUUAAAAUGGCAAAUAUAACACUAUACGGACAGUGCCGGUGCUGUCUUGCGACGGGCAAUCAUAGAAAUAUAACGAAGGAAUAUUACCAUAACAGUGUGAGAGAAGUAUAUAUGGAUAUCUUUUUGGAUUGUUUUAAUUUAUUCCUAUCCACAAGUAAUGAAAUAAGUUCCUUAAUAUGUAAUUCCUGUAUUGAACAAUUACGAGAAGCGAACAAGUUCAAAACAAUGGUUGUGAAUAACGAACAGAGACUUUUGUCCAUGACAGAUAAAGACACUAUAUUUAUAAAUGUACCAAACAACAUGCAUUCAGAAAUGGAACUAGAUGUAAAAAUGGAGGGAACGUUUAACAUAAAGGCUGAGCCGAGCAGUGAUUUGGAUAACGUCGACAAAUCAGAUGAUCCCGAUUUUGAAAUGAACAACUAUGAUGAUAGUGAUGACUUGAGCGAUGAUGGGCUUAUACAGGGUGAGGCUGAACUUUUAGCUCGGUUUCCAGUGCCCUUCCGAUUGCCAACUAGGGACACUCUGUAUAGCAGUGCUUGUGCGGACUUUGUUAGGCAUUUGGAUCUGCUUAAAGGAAAAAUAAUCACAGCAAAAAUGAUUUCAAACCUCAUCGACGAAUGUGAAAAACACCGUUUGGCCAGCAAAAAGAUUUAUAUAACAGAGAAAAUGGCGCAAAUACUCAACACAUCGAUGAUUCUAGAAAAUUCCAACGUCACACCGUUCAAAAGCAGAAACCGAUCUGGCUUUCCAUGCUUCUAUUGUGGGAGCAUUUACGAUGACCUACUAACUCUAAGAGAACACCAACAGAAAAGUCACUCUAAAUGCGAAAUUAAAAAGGCCCUAAGCGCGUACGGGGCGGAGUGCCUAGUCGUAUAUGUUGAUAUAACUGACCUAAAAUGUACCCUAUGUGACCAAAAAAUACCCAAUUUAAACGAAUUAAAAACACAUUUAAUUCGAAUACACAAGAAAAAAAUGCACACCGACUUCACAGACCGGGUCAUACCUUUCAAAUUGUACCAAGAAAGUGAUAAUAAAUAUGAGUGUCAAUUGUGCGGUUUUACCUUCGAAACUUUCGGUUCAAUAGAACGGCACAUGAACGUGCAUUACAGGAACUAUGUGUGCAAAGAGUGUGGAACGGGUUUCGUGACGAAAUACAGGCUCAAAGUGCAUACAAAAAGCAUGCACGUGGGUGGAAAUUACCCGUGCGAAGUUUGCAAGAAAGUCUUCACGACGCAACAGAAACAUAAGAACCACGUGGAUACAGUACAUAAAAUGGUGAAAAGAUUCAAGUGUCCGCAUUGUAGUGAACGUUUUUCGGAAUAUUUUAGACGGCAAAAGCAUUUAGUGGAAGUGCACGAUAGACCCCCCUUGCAGUAUAAGUGUAAUGUUUGCGACAAAUCAUUUGACAGACGGUAUACCCUAUCCAGACACUUAAAACGCGACCAUUUAGAAGAGAGAGACUAUCAAUGUCAAAUGUGUGCGUACAAAUGUUUCACUAAAAAUGAGUUGAGGGUACACAUGGUUAAACAUAACGGGGAACGAAUUUUCGAGUGUUCGGUGUGUCACAAGUCGUAUGCAAGGAAGAAAACGCUAAGAGAACAUAUGAGGAUACAUAAUAAUGAUAGGCGGUUCGCUUGUGCGGUGUGCGGGCAAGCGUUUGUGCAAAAGUGUAGCUUGAAAGGACAUAUUAAGACUCACCAUGUGGAGUAUAAUUUGCCGAUUUGAAGUUUGGCCUAAAAAAACUCGUGGUUAUGAGACUAUUUUUUUAUAAAUGUUAAUUAAAGACUUACGGAUAUUA